AUCCUGACUUCAGUGGGCAUUGAUAUUACAGCAGGAAAAGGUGAAUUCUUUCAGAUCUGCCAUGGAGACCAAAAAAGCAAACCAAGGAAAGGGCAGAAAUGCAAAAGGAAAACCGCGAGAAGCCCAAACAAAUGAAGUCAGCUCUCUCAGGGAGAUAAAGCUGAAGCAAACAGAGAAGGAUUUGGAAUACCACCAGAAGGAACACUACAAACUAACUUCCGAGAUUGAGGAACUAAAGAAUUUCCUGUACCAAGCGGAAAUGUCCGAAUUUGCUACCACCGAUUAUUGGCAAAAAGAUUUAAAUGAAAAAGGGGAAAAGAUCAAAAGCCUGGAAGAACAGAUCGAAAGUCUAGAAGAGCUUGCAAUUGAAGAACGAUGUGGAUGGGAAAAUGAAAAGAAGCAAUAUUUCGACAAGUUUGAGGAAGAAAUCUUUAAAAGAAAGGCCAUUGAGACUCGUAUAAAGAAAAAGGUAGCUAACACGAGGAAGCAAAUGCAAGUGUCUAAAGAAAUAUACAGAGAAAACCUAAGAAAAAAAGAUGAGGAAUAUUUACGCUUAGAAAGAGAAACAACAGAGAGUGAAAGGAACCACCUACGUAAGCAAGAGGAGAUGAGUGUGCUAAUUGCUGAUCAGGAACAAGCCAUUGUCAAGUUGAAAAACGAAUUGCACGAAAUUCAAAAGGAAAAUGACUGGCUCAGUAAUAGUCUCAGAUUUACCUCGGAUAAUUUAGAAGGUAUAAAGCAACGUGCAAAACUUCUGGGUCAGGACAACCUGUCACUGUCAAUUGAGAAAACAACGAUGAAGUCAGAAUUAAAGAAUAAUGGUUCUGAGAUUGCGCGUCUUCAAAAAUUGCUGACUGAAGCCACGGCCAAAGCUACUUUUCUGGAGCAAGCCUUCCUGGAUUUGGAGAAAGAAACAACAGAGAAUGAGAAAAAAACCCAAUGCACUAUCCAGGCCAGUCAGGUUGAGUUGGACAAACUACAGAAAAUUAUUGCCAUGCGGGAGAGGGAGCUCUGUAAAGUGAAAAAGCUGGCGAGGACCAUUGUGGAGAAACGCAAAGAUAUGGAGGUGUUUUUCCACGAAGCCCUGGAUAACGUUCGACAGGAGAUAGCUGAGGAAAGAAAGCGGAACGCACAGGAGGGAUAUCAAGACUACCGUCAGAAAUUUAGAGACACCGUGGAGAAGAGGAUAAGGCUCCCCCCCAUCCACACCUUCCAUCAAUUUCCCAUAAGCAACAAAUCUUUGUAUUCAGACAAGAAGGCAGAUGAAAAAUGGCCCCAUCUCGCUGGCAAGGAGGUUUACAUAUCUGAUCUCACUUGGGAGCAAAAAGAAAAAGUGCUCACUCUUCUCUUUGCUAAAAUGAAUGGGGAUGAAGAAAGUGCGAUCUGCCAGAAGUUGGAUUUGUGAGAGUCCUGAAGGAAGAAGAGCAGUUUGCUGACGCCACCCCUGCCGAAUAUAAUUGAAAUUUUCAACAAUAAAAA